CUCAAAGAGGGAGGGAGAGCAUGAGUGUAAAAAGAGGAGGGGGAGAAGAGAGAGACUGGCUAGAGAAGGAGAGAGAUGGAAGAAGUGCAGCAGCUUAUACAAGAGGUGUAGUGAUUCUCCUUGUGGCUGAGAUGUCUCAGGCGUGGAAUAGCUCAGUGUCAUCAGAGCUCCCUCCAGGCGGGAUCAUUGUGCCUGUGGUAUUUUCCCUGAUAUUUGCCCUGGGGACGGUGGGCAAUGGGCUUGUCCUGGCAGUGUUACUGAGGAAUGGGCAGACCAAGUACAACACAACUAACCUCUUCAUCCUGAACUUGGGCGUAGCAGACCUGUGCUUUAUACUACUGUGCGUCCCUUUCCAGGCCACCAUAUACACCCUGGAUGGAUGGCUAUUCGGGGCUUUCCUCUGCAAAGCUGUGCACUUCUCUAUCUACCUAUCAAUGUAUGCCAGCAGCUUCACCUUGGCUGCCGUCUCAGUGGACAGGUACCUUGCCAUCCGCUACCCACUAAAGUCUAGAGACCUUCGCACCUCUCGAAAUGCUUUAGCUGCAAUUGGAGUCAUAUGGGCCCUCUCCAUACUUUUUGCUGGACCUUACCUGAGCUACUACCACAUAAUUCUGUAUAAUCAGGUGCCCAUUUGCAUUCCCAACUGGGAAGACCGUAGAAGAAAAAUUAUGGAUGUCUCCACCUUUGUCUUUGGGUAUCUACUACCUGUACUUAUUUUGGGCCUGUCCUAUGCCAGAACCAUCUGUUUUCUUUGGACCUCAGUCGACCCUGUGAAGACAGCCUCAGAAUCUCGGAAAGCGAAACAUAAAGUAACCAAAAUGAUCAUCAUUGUGGCUGUGCUUUUCUGCAUCUGUUGGCUUCCUCAUCACUUAGUCAUCCUCUGCUUCUGGUUUGGACACUUCCCUUUCAACAAAGCCACCUACGCAUUUCGCCUUGUAUCCCACUGCAUGUCCUAUGCCAAUUCCUGCCUCAACCCCAUUGUGUACGCUCUCAUCUCCAAGCACUUCCGUAAGAGAUUCAAGCAGGUUUUCACUUGCCUUCUCACCCAGAAACGGGCACGUAACAAGGUCCAUGCUGUUCAGGCAGCCAACACCAUAGCUGGCUUCUAUGCCGGGCACACUGAAGUCACUCAGGUUCAAGAAGAUAGUGGCCGUGGAGGUAGGGCAGCCAGGGAGGAAGGUGCAGACAGUGGCAGCCCAGAGGACUCAGUAAAUCAGAGAAUGGAGGGUGGGAGCUGGUGUACACGACUGCCCAAGUCUGUAGGUUUUGUGACACAAACAGCUUAAUUUUAUGUGAAAAGAAAGAAAUCCAAAGGACUGAUGUUGCAUUUCAGGUGGGUUAUCAGAGUUUACUCUUAUAGACAAGUUGCUAAUGCAUUGCACGCGGUGUAACCCAUGAUUAGAGUGUAAGCUUGGUGCAGAUGCCUAGUGUUGCCUAUACAAGACUGUGUAAUUAAAUAAUUUUGAAAAUGAUUAAGAGCAAAGAGCAAGAAGUGGCAACUCAAAAGCAACUGACAAGUACUCUCUGAUGUGACCUUCUGUUUCUCAUUGAGAAGGAAUAACAAUACCAGAUCUCCAGUAUUCUCAGUGUUCUGCACUAAAGCCUGCUGCUAAACCUGAUGGGAAAAGUGCAAUAAUGUAAUGUACUUACCAAACUAACCACACAUUCACUUCAAAUAGCCGGAGACAAAGCUCUUCCCAUUUUUCAUUUUUAAAUAAACGCGGAAUAAAACUGAUGGCUGUUCAGUGAUAUUAUAACACAGAGCUUAUAAUCUUGAUUAAAGACAGAAGAUGCCUCGGCAGAGCGCUGAGCAAUCCUGAUGGCCUUAUAAAUGAGGAUUACAAUGUGUCUCCGGUAUCGUGUGUGACUCUAAAUAAGCAUGAAAGUAAAAUCAUUCUGGGCCAAGGGAAGAGGAAAAACCUUUUUUAGCAAAAAUAUUUUUGUGGAUUGCAAAUGUCAUUUAAAUAAAAAUAUUCCCUUUGUUAGACACGGUUUCCUAUGUAAUAACUGGUGAAAAUAAUAGGUAUUUAAAUGCCUAAUGGCUUCUAGGAAUGACAGCGGAGUAAUUAAAGACAUUUUAUCUCCUAAUGGCCUCACACCAUUGGAAUCCAUGUUUAGUUGUGAGUAAAGCACUAAUGACUUCUUGUUGGAGUGCCUGACUAAUACAUAUGUGGUUUAGGCUUUUGCUUUCAUUUUCUUGAUGUAAUACUUCUGUACCUGUGUGUAUACAGUAUGUGUAUGUUUAUUAUGAGAGGGUUGUGCAAUGUGUAAUGAAACCUGGCGGAACACCCCACUUUCCUUCUUCUACCACCUUUUCAUGAGUUUAGCCCUUCUGUCCUCUCCUCCCAUCCUCUUACUGCACAAAAGCCCUUCUGGCCUGCACAUCCUUGCUAAUGUAAAUAAAGUGGAUAUGACUCA